AUGAAAGCCGAAUUGAAGCACCUGGAUCGCAAGUACAGCGAGAAACACCAGUGGUAUUAUGCCGAAACCGUUGAGGACAAGGCUUUGCCUGAGCAAGUUGACUGGUGGAAGAAGUAUGCUCUUUGUGUAACCAGGUACAUGUCGCAGGAUGGCAAGGAGGUUCAAAAGGUAGUUGUUCAGAUCAAUUCGCAACACCUCAAGGACCUCCUGAAGGAGGCGGUCGGCUCCUACCCCGGCGUCAGUCUUGACACAAAGGAUAUCUCUCUGACACAGCCAUGCCGCAUGCUCUACCACUACUACGACGAAAUCAAAGAGCAUGGCAAGAACUUCGAAGCCGGUUCUGAGGCCGCAACACACUUCCAGGUCCUCGUCGACCACAUCGAGGAGGAAUUCGGUGAGACCAUCAAGGAAGCCGAGAACCUCCGUGAGCAGCAUGUAAUGAACUACCAACAUCUGUGGACCAUUUUCAAGCCCAAGACCAUUGCAUUCGCUCGCGUUCUUGGCCAAGUCCAGGCCUUCCGCAUUGUCGACUCUGGUUACCGAUGUGGCCAGAGACCUUGCAUGGCUAUCACACUCCAGAAAGUGGACUUUGAUGGCAAGAAAUUCGGAUUUCGCAAUGAGGGCAUGACUAUUGAUGCCUACUUGGGCGCCGUUUCGAUCAACAAACUCGACGUGGUACCUCGCGCCUACUUCCCCAACAUUAAUGGUGUCGAGAAGCGUCUUAUAACACGCGGUCGUCGUUUCGAAGGCUACGCCGGAAUUCACUUCGCCGAGCACUCUGCCAUCGCUUUGGAACACGUCUACAAUUCUAGAACGGGCAGUUACGACACCAACCGUGUACACAUCAACGAGCGCGUCGUAGUCGAUUGCGCGACUCACCACCGUCUCAACCCUGAGCUAGCCAAAUCGGUAUAUGACUUUGACGACGAGAAGAUCACGGUCGACGACUCCGAUGACGAACGCUACGAUUCAGACGACCUGUAUGAUAGCGACGACGACAGUCAGGCAAGAGAUACCGAGCUUGUGCCCUCGAAGAAGCAGGUCUUCAAGCCACUGACGGAUGAACAAUGCCUCCUCGCUUCCGCCUUGGUGCACGGCUUCUCGUUCACUCACAAGAAGUGGAUUGAUAUGUUCGUUGACGAGUUGAGCCCAGUCAAAUGGAACGAGGACUGCUUUGACCAGCUGGUUCUCGAAAGGCGCCAAAAGAAGCUCGUUCAGGCGCUGGUGACUGAGCAUAUCUCUGACAAGAACGACUUUGAUGACAUUAUCAAAAACAAGGGAAAAGGGUUGAUCAUGGUUCUACAUGGCCCACCUGGUGUGGGCAAAACGUUGACAGCCGAGUGCGUGGCUGAGCGUUGCAAGAGACCUCUCUACGUGGUAUCAUCAGGUGACCUUGGAACCGACAGUGUAACACUGGAUGAGAGACUGACCAACAUCCUCGACAUGGCAUCAACCUGGCGUGCAGUUCUUCUCAUUGAUGAAGCUGACGUCUUUCUGGAGCGUCGCUCGCUUCACGAUAUGGAGCGUAACGCUCUCGUCUCGAUCUUCUUGCGCGUCCUUGAGUACUACCAGGGUAUUCUCUUCCUCACUUCAAACCGCGUCGACACUUUCGACGAUGCUUUCAAGUCCAGAAUCCAAGUCCCUCUCAAGUACGGUAACCUCGAUCAGUCUUCACGCAAGCAGAUCUGGCACAACUUUCUCAGCAAGGCCGAAGGCGUUCACGACGAUGCUACACUUGACAGAUUGGCUGUUCACGAGUUGAACGGUCGCCAGAUCAAGGGUAUCGUCAGAACUGCUGGCAGUCUCGCUCGCUACGACGAGAAGAAGUUGGACCUUGAAACUUUGGAGCAGGUCAUUGAGAUUCAGAUGGACUUUGAGAGAGAUCUGGUUGGCAACAAGGAGUGA